AUGUAUGCCCUGCCCACCCAAACCGCCAGCCCACCACAUGAAGUGGCAGGCACCGUCCUCUCCAUCCGUGGAAGCCAGGUCCGGGCCGAGGGCCUGGUGGGUGUGGCGCUGGACGAGCUGGUGCGCGUGGGCCGCCAGGGCAUCUGGGGCGAGGUCGUACAGCUCGAGACCGACAAGACUCGCCACGGCGGCGCCGCAGUCGCCGUCAUCGAGGCCUUCGAGGAGACCGCCGGCAUCGCCGUGGGCGACCCCGUCGCCCGCACCGGCCGCCCGCUGUUCGUCGAGCUCGGCCCGGGCCUGCUCGGAAGCGUCGCCCGCUCGACGCCGUCAGAGACCACCAGCAGCCCGAGCCACAACAACAACGCGCCGAUGAUGGCCGGGCCGCCAGCAACUGGGGCCUUUGUGCCGCGCGGCCUCAAUCUGCCGGCGCUCAACCGCGACUUGAGGUGGUGGUUCGAACCGACGGGCGACUUUAGGGUGGGCGACGCCAUCGCCGCCGGCGACCUCUACGCCACCGUGCAGGAGAACGCGCUCUUCACCCACCGCAUCGCGCUGCCGCCCGACGCGCCCGGCGGUCGCAUCGCCUUCAUGGCCCAGCCCGACGCCUACACCGUCACCGACGUCGUGCUCGAAGUGGUCGACAUUAAUGCCCGGCGGCACCAGUACACGAUGAUGCAGACGUGGCCCGUGCGCCGGCGCCGGCCGACCGAGGCGCGCCGUCGGCCCGAGCGCCCGUUCUUGACCGGCCUGCGCUGCCUCGACGCCCUCUUCCCGUGCGCCGUGGGCGGCACCGCAGCGCUGGCCGGCGGCGUGCGGUGGUUCACGUCUAACGUGACCUUCUCCAUGGCCCGCCACGCGCGGGCCGACGUGAGCGUAUACGUCGGGUGCGGCCAGCGCGGGAACGACCUGGGCGAGACCCUUAUGGAGCUGCCCGAGAUGACCAUCUUCGACUCCCAGUCGGGCCGGCACGAAGCGGUGAUGAAGCGCACGAUUGUUGUGGCCAACCCGGCCAACGCGCCGCCCGCCGCGCGCGAGGCGUCGGUCCACACGGGCCUGGCCAUCGCCGAGUACCUGCGCGACCAGGGCUGCGACGUGGCGCUCACCGUCGACUCGCUCUGUCGGUGGUCGCACGCGAUUGGCAGCAGUACACGUCAGCAGCAACAGCCUCAACUGGGACAUUGGGACCGCGACGGCGUCGGUCGACAGCAAUUGGAGGGGCAGCUGGGCGCCAUGUACGAGCGGGCCGGGCGGUUCGUGUGCGCGGGCGCACCAGCGCGCGAGGGCACCAUCACGCUGGUCGCGAUCACGGCGGACUCAGGAUUGUCGAGACCCGGCGGCGGGGCCUGGGCCGAUGUCGACACGAUCACGGAGGCGGCCAAGGCCGUGGCCCAGACCGUCUGGGCCGCCGACCGGUCCACCCCGUUCAUGUCCAUCGACUGGCGCCAGUCGCGGUCAAACCUGUUCUUCGGCGCGUUGACCGGCGAAGACCACGACAACUACUACCGUCGACACAUCGCCGACGACUUUGUCGAGCUGCGCCGGGCGUGCCUGGACCUGCUUCGGGCCGAGGCCGACCUGGCCCCCCGCGUGGCCCAGGUCGGGCGCGACGGCCUGACCGAGCCCGAGCAGGUGACCCUCUACGCCGCCCGCCUGGUCCGCGAGGAUUUUCUGCACCAGAAUUUCUUUUCAUCGGCCGAGGCCCGGUGUUCGCUCUACAAGGCGGCCUGGAUGAUGCGCAACAUGGUCCUGCUGCGCUCGCUGGCCCAGGCCACGCUGGCGGCCAACGCAAACAAGAACAAGAACAAGAACAAGAACGAGAACGAGAUGAAGAUGAUGAAGAUGAAGAAGUACACGACGUGGCGGGAGCUGCGUGAGGCCGUGGGCGACCUGCUCUACCGGGCCAGCACGGCCAAGUACGAGGAGUUCGACGAUGGGCACAAGUUCGUUGAGUUGGGCGCGGAGCUGCGCGAGGCCUUCGCCGGUCUGGGCUGCCCUAUCUUCCUGCCCUCAGUGUAA